AUGAAUAACCAACGGGUAACCUAUGAAGAGCUGAAUCUGCAUAAGGGCUGGAAGAGAGGCCAAAGGGAACCCCAGGUCUCCAGAGGCUCUGAUGCAGUAACUGAGCAGGAAAUAACCUAUGCUGAGUUAGAUCUUCAAAACCCUUGUCAGGAUCCUCAAGGAAAUAACCAGCAGAACCACAGCAGAGUCGCUUUACCAGAGAAAUUCAUUGCUGGGUCCCUGGUACUCCUCUGCCUUGUUUGGAUGAUAAUAAUUAUCAUUGUUAUUCCCUCUACUGAAAAACAGGAGUCAAAAAAUUCAUCUCUGGUAACAGAAGUGCAAAAAGCAGAUCAUUGUAGUCAGUGUCCAAAGGAAUGGUUCACAUAUUUCAACAGCUGCUAUUAUAUCAGUAAUGAAAAGAAAACAUGGAAUGAAAGUAUGAUGGCCUGUGUGUCUAAGAAAUCUAAGCUGCUUUAUAUAGAUAAUCCCGAAGACAUGAAAUUUUUGGAAGUCUUUGAUGUCCUGCCAUGGAUUGGAUUCGGAAUUGAUAACUUAAGGAUAUGUCCAAGUGAAUUGUUUUUAUCUUCCAAAAGAGCAGUCUGUGAAGACCACAGUGACGAUUUGCCUGUUUGCAAGACGACCGGGUUUCUCGUUGGAGGAUGUGCAAGCAUGGAUUCCGCAGAAGUAGUUUAUACAACAAAAUCUACCCUCACUCGUUUUAGCAGCAAUAGGAAAUUUCUGGAAAUUUGA